GAGAGGGGAGGACAUCUCUGCUGAGCAAAUGUGUGCACAGCGCGUCUAGUGUGUGUUCAGGGGAGAAAUAGAGUGUGGGAGCGGGGAGGGAGAGAAGGAGCGGACGUGUGUUGGUGGGAGCUGGGAGGAAGGAUGGCUGCUCUUGUUUGAGCUGCCUCACAUGUUCAGCAGGAGGCAAACAUUUUUAGUAAUAAUAAAAAUAAUCAUUAAAAAAGCAGCAGGGGCUCAGGAGCAGACUGAGGGACGCGUCUUGUUUAUCAUUUGUUGGGGAGCAGAAAAGACUUGGCAAUGCCCGCUGAAGUGAAAGAGGAACAGAGUUUGGAAGGACCCCCUCCUCUCUCUCUGUCCCAAGAGGUUAAAGAGGUGACCCACGAGAACCCCGCCUCCACCGAUGAACUGGACACGCCCACUUCCACAGCCUCUGUGAUGACCUCGACCAAUGACAGCUCCACAGAGACGGACACCCCCCAGCAAACUGACUCUGAGGCUGUGGAGCAGGACGGAGAAAAGCCUCCAGGUGAGACAAAGGAAACAUCAGCGGUGCAGCAGGAGGACACCCUGACACCAAAUCCAGCGGACCUUACAUCAGCUCAGGAGACUCGAGAUAAAACUUCCACUGAGCAGGCAAGCCCUGAACCCAACGUGGAGCCUCCUGAAUCUGCUACCACAACAGCAACAACAACCACCACCAGCAGCAGCACCACAACCCCACAGCUGGUGCUGCAGUCAGGAAAUCCUCAUCCUAUGAACCCAGAGAGCCAGAACAGAGUCUACGCCCUCCCUGACUCCUACAGAGGCAUCAGUGGUGAUGUCUGUGCAGGAUAUGGGAGCCUGUCUCGUUUUAGCCUCCACGGCUACAUGCCCACCAAAAACUUCCAGCCCGGGGCUCACUACACCUUACCAUUCAUCAGGGACAGCUAUGCCCCUGCGGGCCUCAGCAGCCAGACGGAGGAGGACAGUAAAAAUCCUCUGGACAUGAAGACUGACCUCCCAGCUGUCAGUUACCCAACUCUGGGGGGAAUCCACCAGUUCAGGCCAAUUACCACCAUGGAGCUCCUCAGGGAGCCCUCGAGAACCAGAAGUGGAUAUGACGACGCCUUCAUGGCCCAGCUGGAGGGGAACCUGAACCCUUUCUUCCAGGCCAUGUGUCGAGCACAGACCCUGCAGAUACCUCACAAACGCAGCAGCAUGGUGAGCCUGGACAGCAUCCGAAGAGACCCCCGCUGGAGGGACCCCAAUCUUCAGGAGGUGAUCGCGAUGCUCAGGCACCCGAUGGACCCGGUCAAGUCCAACGCCGCCGCUUAUUUGCAGCACUUGUGCUAUGAGAAUGACCUAAUCAAACAGGAAGUCCGUCAGUUGAACGGUGUGCCAAUCUUGGUAGAGCUGUUGGAUCAUCCCAAGGCUGAAGUCCACCGCAAGGCUUGCGGUGCUUUGCGUAAUAUAUCAUAUGGGAAAGACCACAAUAACAAAAUGACCAUCAAGAAUUGUGACGGCAUCCAAGCUUUAGUCAGACUGCUGAGGAAGACCAGCAGCAUGGAGGUCAAAGAGCUGGUCACAGGCACUCUGUGGAACCUCUCGUCACACGAGCCACUCAAACUGAUAAUCAUCAACCAGGGACUUCAAACCCUGACUGACGAAAUCAUCAUCCCACACUCAGGCUGGAGGAGGAGAGAUUCAGCCGACUCCUCCAAACCACAGAGCGCUGAAUGGACAACUGUCUUCAAGAACACUUCUGGAUGCCUGAGGAAUGUCAGCUCAGAUGGAGCAGAGGCUCGACAGCGACUGAGGGAGUGUGAGGGGUUGGUGGCUGCUCUCCUUCACGCCCUGCAGUCAGCGGUCAUCAACAAGGACACGGACAUAAAGUCGGUGGAGAACUGCGUGUGCAUCCUUCGAAACCUGUCCUAUCACGUCCACAAGGAAAUCCCAGGAGCAGAGCACUUCCAGGAGCCUCACAUUGGUCAUCUGAUGAGAUCCGUGGGCCAUCAGAAGAAGAAGAAUGAACCUGAGUGUUGUGCAGGAAAAAGACCCAAAGAAGAGUGGUUCAGCCAAGGUUGGAAAAAGGGAUUUUUGGACAGAAAAUACAGUACAUUGGAUUUACCAAAACGUACAGAACUAAUGAAAGGCCUGGAGCUGCUGUACCAGCCAGAGGUAGUGAGGCUCUACCUCUCUCUUCUCACCUGCAGUCACAACCACAACACCCUGGAGGCAGCAGCAGGAGCUCUACAGAACCUCGCAGCGGGACACUGGGCUUGGUCCAGUUACAUUCGAGCCACAGUGAGAAAAGAGAAAGGGUUGCCAAUUUUAGUGGAGCUUCUGCGCUCAGAUGCAGAUAAAGUUGUGCGAGCUGUGGCCAUCGCUCUUCGCAACCUGGCUAUUGACAGAAGGAAUAAAGACCUGAUUGGGAGCUACGCUCUAAGGGACCUUGUUGCUAAUCUGCCUUGUGGGCAGCAGCAUCCAGUAAAGAAUCUUGAGGGAGACACAGUGGUUUCUAUUCUGAACACAAUCUACGAGAUCAUCACAGAUAACCAGGAGAACACUCGAAUGCUCAUUCAGGGUCAUGCUGUGCAGAAACUUGUAGCCAUCAAUAAGUCAAGCCAAUCUGCACGAGAGACCAAGGCGGCUUCUCAUGUGCUUCAGACAAUCUGGGCCUACAAGGAGCUGAGAACCACUCUGAUCAAAGCCGGCUGGAACAAAAGUCACUUUAAGCCCACGACUUCAGGAGGGACAAAAAAAUCCAAGAGUGGAAAACAACACAGCGAUGACAUCACUUUGCCUCUCAUGGAGAAAAACCAAGAUGUAUAUUCUACCUUGGAGCCUAAUGACAGAGUUGGAGAUGGAAAGGUGCCUGUUGCAGAGAGAGAUGCUCUUCAGGCGAUAAGUGAAAGGAAACUUUUCAUCAGAGCUGGCAGACCUGCAGUGGGCCUCAUGGAUAACAAACCUCCACCACUGGACUCUUGGGUGUAAACUUGACGACAUGUCCUGCUAAAGUCAGGCAGAUAGCCUAACACUCUGUUGGUAAAUCGCAAAUCUGUGCCAUCGGAUUCCUUCUUAUACAAACACAAUCCAUUUAAAAAAAAAACAGGCUUUUGUUUACUGAACUUAAUGUGCCAAACAUUUACAUGUAAUUAUCGGUAUCGUUGUUGUUAUUAAGGAAAUCAUUUGCCAAUAAGACUUAAUCGUUUAGGAUGAUACUCUAUAAGUUUAAAACUCUUGAUUAUGUGAUAUAUGAGAUAGCCCAAAUAUGCAAACUAUGGUUAAAAGUGACUCCAAAGAAUAUAUGACAUGUAAAAUUUGAAUUUUAAUUCCCAUUUACAGUAUUCUCCUAGUUUAUCAAGCUCGUAAAGCCUGGAAUUGUAUGUGGAUUCUUUAUAUUGUCCAUUUUUUCUGGUUCUAGGCUUAAAGACACAUCUUGGUCCUAAAAUUUUCUUGAGAUAUUUUUAUUCUGUGUCUGAAAUGGUUAGGAUUAGAACUAUAAUCAUAGUUUAGUUUAAUCUUGAUACAUGAGAGUUGAGGUCAUUGGGUCUCAGUACGAGUUGGUUGCAUUUGUUUAAUGGCAGGUAAAAUGGGAUUGUACAUGUGUAACAAAGGACUGUUAAUAAUCUAAAUGAAGGCAUUUAUAUUGCAAUGUUUAUUGUAAUACCCACAUUAUUAAGAGUUAUUCAUGUGUCUUAGCUAAUGCCGGCAAGUGAUACGGAUUUGCUUUGCAGUGGUUCUUUUUGCAUUGCGAUGCUGAAUGAAAAUGAAAAUAAAUGCUGUGCAUAGUUUCUCA